CAGAACGACUUCUGCCCGCCUGAUGGCUCGCUUGCAGUCGCGGACGGCCGUGACAUCGCGCCAGCAAUCAACGAGCUUCUCGAGUUGCCGUUCGCACUGAAACUGGCCACCCGUGACUUUCAUCCGCGGGACCACGUAAGCUUCGCGAGCAAUCAUACAGGCAAGAAGCCGUUUACGGACUCGCAUACUUUCACGAACCCAGAGAAUCCGGAGGAGAAAGAGACCACCCUGCUUUGGCCGGAUCAUUGCGUCCAAGGGACACCUGGUUGCGAGCUGAUAUCCGAGCUGGACACCUCGAAGCUUGACUUCGUGCAGGAUAAAGGCCAGGACAAGCGCGUGGAGUCGUACUCGGCCUUUGGGCCGCCUUUCCAGAACCCAGAGAUUUCCAUGUCAGGCUUGUAUCAGCGGCUGAUCCAGGCUGGCAUCACGGAUGUCUUCUGCUGUGGCCUGGCUUUCGACUACUGCGUAAAGCACACAGCUGUCGAUGCUGCGAAGAAAGGCUUCAAAACGUAUGUAAUUGAAGAUGCCACGAAGGGCAUAGAGCGGACGAGUGAUGGCCACGCCGCAACACUCGAAGCGUACCGGGAGGUUGGUGUCCGGGUGAUAUCUACAACGGCCGAAGAGCUCCAGAACUUUGGGAUCGCAUAG